UGCAAGAGUCUUGUUGAAACGCAACCUUGACGGGCUGGAUUUUUUGGUAAUAUUGGAUAUCUGUUGUUGCACUUCCCUUGGGAGAUUAUCGGAUCUAUCGUGAUUGAAAACCCUGAACAGGUUGAAAAUCAACCGCUGCGAUUACAUUCAAAGCCUAGAGAUAUUCUCAUCCUGCAAAAGUGUGUGUAUUCAAGGUUGCAAGUUGUUAGCGAAAUUCCCAGAUGUGUCGAAAUUGGAAGAUUUAAGGAACUUGAUAGUGACAGCUCGUUGGAAAUUAUCAGACAUCUCAGGGCUCAAAGGAUCGAGCCACCUAUAAAGUAUAGAGAUUUGAUGAUGCUCGUCAAUUGUCGUACCAGACCGCGACAAACUAAUUGAGCCUUGAGGGCUUAGAGACUUGGAGCUUCCACAAGCUUACGACAUUUCCAGAUGCAAGUGGCUACAGCCAAUAUCUGAAUUGUCUUGAGCUUUCCUCAUAUAGAAUAUGAGCAGUUGUUACGUCGGGUAUUCAUGAGAUCACAUUCUGGUGAUAGUUCGAUAUUUGAGACUGAUCCCUGUCCCCUAAUAAGGCAAAAUCUUAGACUUGAUAAAAUCAUGAAUGAAGCUGGCAGUCCUGGUGAAUCAUCCGAAGCUUCUGGAGGCAAAGUGCAAAAACACAUAGGCAAAGUAGAGCGAUCAUGCUGCUGGACUUGUGGCGCUCUGGAUCCCCAAAAUUCGUUGGAUUGUUUCAAGUUAAUCAUCAGGAUGCCUGCAGAGGUUCUCUUAACAUUGCAAGCAUCUCUGGUAGACAAUCUUCUGGGGGAUCAUUUGAUUUUUGAGCAAAUUGAUGAUGAGGAAGCUGAGAUGGUUUAAAUUGGAAGGAUUUUGUCAGAGAA